AUGGAUGCUCCGAAGCAGACUCUGGCAAAGCAGCGGGCGUCAAACAAGUCACCAGAGAAGUUCAAAGUGUUCGUGGCUACCUGUCAAGUUAUACCGGACGAAAGUAGCAACGAUAAGUCAAACGGUGGAGCUCCCAUCAACGUGAACACGCCCGUGUUUAAGCAAGAAAAGUUUCCAGCAAUUGUGCUCCCUUCGGCAAGAAUUGAGGACUUGCAACGGUUUAUCGUGAGUCAAUGGACUAUCUCCAAGAGUCCGUUUGCCAAACUCCCUCUCGACGAGCAUUUCUACACUUUCAAAGGCCGAAUACUUCGUCUAGACGGAACGCUGGAUGGCUACUAUAUUCUGAACAACGACACCAUUUAUCUGCGCUUCGCGUCUUUGGGCCGAAUCUGCGAUCCAUGGGCCAUGUCGACUAGCGAGCUACGCGUUGAGCUCAAAUCACGUAAUGCGUAUGAGAUCAACUUACAACCAGAACAAUUGAUGCAACGAUUGCAGACGUUGAUAAUGAAGGAAAGCCGUAUGCGGCGACUACAACAAGCUACCAGGAAGGAGGAAACUGAGCAAGUGCAGUCGAUCACAAAAGAACUUGCACACUUACACCAACAGCGCGUGAAAAGUCGAAGUUACUUGACACCAAGUGAGCAUCCGAUCGAGCGACCGCCGUCACUUGCUAAAUGGCCGAUUGCAUCAUGUGCGAACCGCACUGUGUUCCUGUCCAUUGCUGAGCUGGAACGAACGUAUCAGCUCGUACCUCGCGAUGUACUGGAACCAGCGCUGUUUAUCUUCGACACCGAGCGGAAAUGGGUUUUCGAUAAACACAAUAUUCUACAGAAGCAACACUUCGACUACAGGUACAUGUGCUUUGAGCAAGACUUUCUGGAAAUGUUGACACUCAAGGAAGAAGCUGGGAUGGUAUUAUGGUUUCGGCCACAGAAGAGCUACGAGAAGCUGUCUGCAUUCCUCACGUCCAUUGAAGAUCCUGUUGCAGGAGGCAAACACUACCAGCCUCUGAUUCUGACGGAGUCGAGGUGGCUCACACUAUGCGGUUCAAAUGGCUGGGAAGGCAAGAUCCGGCGCGAUGGACGCAAGAGAGACAUGGACCGUGUGCCAAAGUUUACAAGAAGUGUUGCGCGAGUGGUGUUGAACCUGCAGUCUGGCAGCUUUGACUACGUGGCCGUGAAGGAAUUGCUCUACCAGUCCAACCCUACCUUGAACUUUGCGCCCUUGUAGACCAUUAGUUUGAGUGAUGCAAUACAGUUGCAGUGAAGUGCACCUGGUCGCUACUGUGCCAGCAAGAACGGCCGGGAACGUCGAUGAAGCGGGCGGUCGAGUUGAUGCACAUCAGUUGAUGAGCAUCAACCAGGAGGUUUCAUUUUCUGCCAAUCGUUGGCGCCGUAGAAGCCGUGCCACCAUUGGGCCCAUUUUGGCAGCCCGCGUCUUCCUAUUGGUUCGGAAAAUCUAGAGAAACUACCGG